UAGGUCUGAAAUUGAAACAAAAACAAGGUCGCUUGCACAGUAUGGAGGGGUGAAGGAUAUGGACCGAGUUGAGAAGCUGAUCCAGCGAGCACGGAGGAUUGAGAAAGAAAGCGACCUGAAUGGAUUCACAUUAUCAUAGUCAUGCGCCGCCAGCAAGUCGAUGCAUACAGCAUUCUUGGGAGGAGUGCAUAUACAGCCUACCACCCAGUAGCAUAUCCCAUGAUCCAAUCCAGCUGCUCGCAUAUCGCGUAUAAGCAAAAUUAUUACAUCACGCCAAAUCAGCAGUCUGGCCAAAGUCAGUUAUCAAUAAGAACAAUAAUAAGAACUCUAUAUAAGAAUAAAUCCACGAGGGCCGAGCUUGGAUUGCAGGUUGUCAGAAAACAACCACGCGACAAGAUCGAUGACGUGAUUUUGAUCUGGAUGGUGUUAGAGUGGAGCCCCGUGCAUAUGUAGGUAUGCAGUUAGUGAUACAGGGUGUGUGAGAGGCUGCGGCCACUAGGCAGGCUGGAGGUGGCCUGUUUGGGAUGCUGCUUGCAUACACGAACGAUGGGGAAUGAGUCUAUUUUGGUCACUUGACAGUAUACAUAUAUUGACGUGGUACAAACGUCUA